AUGGUGCAGAAAUACCAGUCCCCCGUGCGGGUGUACAAACACCCCUUCGAGCUGAUUAUGGCGGCCUACGAGAGGAGGUUCCCCACGUGCCCGCUGAUCCCCAUGUUCGUGGACAGUGACACUGUGAACGAGUUCAGGAGCGAGGACGGGGCCAUCCACAUCAUAGAGCGGCGCUGCAAGCUGGACAUCGACGCCCCCCGGCUGCUGAAGAAGAUCGCCGGCGUGGACUACGUGUACUUCGUCCAGAAGAACUCGCUGAACGCCCGGGAGCGCACGCUGCACAUCGAGGCCCACAACGAGACGUUCGCCAACCGGGUCAUCAUCAAGGAGCACUGCUGCUACACCGUUCACCCUGAAAAUGAAGAUUGGACCUGUUUUGAACAGUCUGCGAGUUUAGAUAUUAAGUCUUUCUUUGGUUUUGAAAGUACAGUGGAGAAAAUUGCAAUGAAACAGUAUACCAGCAACAUUAAAAAAGGGAAGGAGAUAAUCGAGUACUACCUUCACCAGCUGGAGGAGGAGGGCAUCACCUUCGUGCCCCGCUGGACCCCGCCGCCCCUGGCGCCCUCCUCGGAGACGGCCGCGUCGUGCCGGAAACGAGCGGCCUCGCUGGCCUCGGUGGCCCCGGAGGCUACACAGAAGGACGGGCUGAGCAGCGAGGCCCUCGGCAGCCCGGGCGGGGCCUCCGAGCCCGCCGCGGGGACCCCCGACGAUAAGCUGGACGCGGACUACAUCAAGAGGUACCUGGGCGACCUGACUCCGCUGCAGGAGAGCUGCCUGAUCCGGCUGCGCCAGUGGCUGCAGGAGACCCACAAGGGCAAGAUCCCCAAAGAUGAGCACAUUCUCCGGUUCUUACGCGCCCGGGACUUCAACAUCGACAAAGCCAGGGAGAUCAUGUGCCAGUCGCUGACGUGGCGCAAGCAGCACCAGGUGGACUACAUCCUGGACACCUGGGACCCCCCGCAGGUCCUGCAGGACUACUACGCAGGCGGCUGGCACCACCACGACAAAGACGGGCGGCCCCUCUACGUGCUCCGGCUGGGGCAGAUGGACACCAAGGGCCUGGUGCGGGCGCUCGGCGAGGAGGCGCUGCUCAGAUAUGUCCUCUCCAUCAACGAGGAGGGGCUGCGGCGCUGCGAGGAGAACACCAAGGUCUUCGGCCGGCCCAUCAGCUCGUGGACCUGCCUGGUGGACCUGGAGGGGCUGAACAUGCGCCACCUGUGGCGGCCCGGCGUGAAGGCCCUGCUGCGCAUCAUCGAGGUGGUGGAGGCCAACUACCCCGAGACGCUGGGCCGCCUGCUGAUCCUGAGGGCUCCCCGCGUGUUCCCGGUCCUCUGGACGCUGGUCAGCCCGUUCAUCGACGACAACACCAGGAGGAAGUUCCUCAUCUACGCCGGGAACGACUACCAGGGCCCCGGCGGGCUGCUGGACUACAUCGACCGGGAGGUCAUCCCCGACUUCCUGGGCGGGGAGUGCAUGUGUGAGGUGCCGGAGGGCGGGCUGGUCCCCAAGUCCCUGUACCGGACCGCGGAGGAGCUGGAGAACGAGGACCUCAAGCUCUGGACCGAGACCAUCUACCAGUCCGCCAGCGUCUUCAAAGGAGCCCCCCACGAGAUCCUCGUGCAGAUCGUGGAUGCCUCCUCGGUGAUCACAUGGGACUUUGAUGUGUGCAAAGGGGACAUUGUCUUCAACAUCUACCACUCCAAGCGGUCGCCCCAGCCGCCCAAGAAGGACUCCCUGGGGGCGCACAGCAUCACGUCCCCCGGGGGCAACAACGUGCAGCUCAUCGACAGGGCCUGGCAGCUGGGCCGCGAUUACAGCAUGGUGGAGUCGCCGCUGAUCUGCAGGGAAGGCGAGAGUGUGCAGGGCUCCCACGUGACCCGGUGGCCGGGCUUCUACAUCCUGCAGUGGAAGUUCCACAGCAUGCCCGCCUGCGCCGCCACCAACCUGCCCCGCGUGGACGACGUGCUGGCCUCGCUGCAGGUGUCCUCGCACAAGUGCAAAGUCAUGUACUACACCGAGGUCAUCGGCUCCGAGGACUUCAGAGGCUCCAUGACCAGCCUGGAGUCCAGCCACAGCGGCUUCUCCCAGCUGAGCGCCGCCACCACCUCCUCCAGCCAGUCCCACUCCAGCUCCAUGGCUUCCAGAUGGCGACUUUGCUGA